GUGCUGCCCAACCCAGGGCUGCGGCGGCUGCUUCGCUUGGUGGAGCGCCGUGACGCCUUCGUGGAGGCCCAGGUCCGGCGUCACAAGGCCUGCCCAUCGCCCCCUGGGGACACGGUGCUGGGGGCGCUGCUGGGGGGGGACCCCAGUGUCCGGGGGGGGCCGCUGGGCCCCGACCGGCUGCACAUGGCCCUGGUCGACCUCUUCAUCGGUGGCACUGAGACGACAGCGGCCGCCCUGGCCUGGGCUGUGGCCUUCCUGCUGCACCGCCCUGAGGUGCAGGAGCGGGUGCGUGCAGAGCUGCGGCAGGAGCUGGGCCCCACGGGCACCCCCCAGGUGGGGGACAUGGGACGCCUGCCCCUGCUCCGCGCCACCGUCACCGAGACCCUGCGCCUGCGGCCGCCUGCGCCCCUGGCCCUGCCCCACUGCACACGCCGCCACACCAGUGUUGGGGGUGUCGCUGUGCCAGCUGGCUCCAUCGUCAUCCCCAACCUCUUCGCUGCCCACCAUGACCCUGAGAUCUGGCAUCGCCCUGACGAAUUCCUGCCAGAGCGGUUCCUGGAGCCAGGGGCGGCGCCCUGGCGAGCGCUGGUACCUUUCGGCUGUGGGGCCCGAUCCUGCCUGGGUGAGGCACUGGCACGAGCUGAGCUCUUUGUUUUCCUGGGCCACAUCCUGCAUCGCUUCCGCCUGGAGCCACCGGUGCCCGGGGCCCUGCCCAAACUGGGGGUGACAGCUGGCACUGUCCUGCGCUGCCCCCCAUUCUCCGUGCGCCUUGUGCCCUGCCAGCCCCCCACCCCCUGAGCCCCGAUGCCUGGGGACGCAGGGAAGCCUGGGCGCGCUUGCUGGUUGCUCGCAGCUUUUAUUGACCCCCCCUCCCAUAAAGGCUUCA